GCGUUUGGUAGGGUGGUAGGAGAUAGCCCCACCCUGCCGCACUAGGUUAGGUUGGCUUAUCUGAUAUCUCCUUCUCAAUUUCAUAGGAAUCUUCUGCUAUUUCUCGACUCCGUAGCCCUCGUCGUGGGCAAAGGUUUAACCAUAUUCCUCGCUAAAACCCCUCAUCUUCUUCAAUUUUUCCACUAUUUAACCUAACAACACUCCCCCUUCUCUCAGAUAAAGCCUCAUGGGGAAUUGCUUUUUUGCUAAGCGUCAUAAUGAUGGGGAUGAGUCCGAUCACAAUGUUGAAUUCACCGGUGGAAAUGUGCAUCUCAUCACUACCAAGGAAUCUUGGGAGCAAAAGCUUGAUGAAGCUAACACAGAUGGAAAGCUUGUGGUAGCAAAUUUCAGCGCUACAUGGUGUGGCCCUUGUAGAAUAAUUGCACCUUUCUUCGUCGAGCUGUCUGAGAAGCACCCUUCGAUAAUGUGUCUCACAGUCGAUGUAGACGAACUAACUGAAUUCAGCACAUCAUGGGAUAUAAAGGCAACUCCGACCUUCUUCUUCCUCAAAGACGGCCAGCAAAUCGACAAGCUCGUGGGUGCAAAUAAACCAGAACUAGAGAAGAAGUUGAUUGCCAUACUAGAAACUAGAUUCACUGGCACCACCUUGCCCAACAUAAUUUCUUCCUGCCAUUGAAGCUCGAGGAAUUGGUAGAUCUUCUCUUUUCCUUGUCACUUUCGACGUAUAUUGUAAAUCCAAAACAGGUAAUAUUUUGUUUAUGGUAUGUAUCGCUAGAAUCAUGUAUGUGUGAGAUAUUGAGAUUUUGUUAUUAUAACAUAGUAAUAAAGAGUGUAUUUUGUCCUCCCAUCAA